AUGGCAAGUUCUUCGUCAUUCUCCCUGGCCAUCGUAACUCGGACGUUCUCGCAAACCCUCGCAAGUUCUCGCACAUUCUCACAAACCCUCUCAUAUUCUCGCAGACUCAACCAAAAUUUCCCCUACUCCUGUCAGGUGCCUCAAUUUCUCACAAAUUCUCACGAAAUCUGCCCCUGUUCUUGCAAAUCCGCGCCCGUUCUCACCGAAUCUCGCAAAUUCUCGCAGGAUCUCCCCCUGUCAUUCACGCUUUCUCGCCGCCUCCCGCCAACCGAACUCUCGCUCGAUCCCGCAGAACCUCGCAAGUUCUCGCACGAUCUCCCGGGACCUAUCACACGUUCUCGCAAUCUCUCGCGGACCCUCGCCCUUUCUCGCGAGCCCAACCCCAUGACCUCCCGCCCGCCCGCUCUCGCAGUCCCCCCUCACUAUCACCAUGCGGAAAGGGGGGUGCUCCGAAAGAGACUGGGUUGGCCUCAGUUCUCCAGUUUAACCAACAACAACGGCGCCUCGGUCUCGCAGGCCGAGGAGGUGAGCCGCCUGGCCGAGGAGUGCUCGCUCGUCGACAUGCUCCGCUACGACGACCCCAACGACGACGGCCACCUAAGCCUCAACGAGUUCUAUACGGCCUUCACCGUGCCCACAGUGCAGGUCACUCCCCACAUCCAGAGUUUACGCCCGGGCGAGGAGGCCAUCAUGAACUGCCGGGCCACUGGAGAACCCUUCCCAAAGGUGGAGUGGCUCAAGAACGACGAGCCGCUGCGAGUGGACAUCCCACACAAGUACGAGGUGGUCGGCAACGGCACGCAGCUCCGGGUACGCAACAUCGGCUACGCAGACACGGGCGCCUACAUGUGCCAGGCGACCAGCGUGGGGGGCAUGGCCAGGGACAUCAGCUCGCUCGUCGUGCAGGAGAACCCGGCGCCCACCGGAGAGCAGCAGGAGAGCCGCGUGUUCGUCUACCACGACUGGGGCAUCGCCGUCUACGAGCCGGACGAGUGCCGCCUCUUCCACGUCAUCCAGGGCACUGACGUCAUCCCAGGCACUCAGGAGUACGUCUGCGGAGACAAAGGCACCAACUGCUCGUGGGGGCGCGCUAUUAACGUGGCCGAGAGAUACAUCUACGUCACGCAGCCCAGGAGAGACAGGGUCCUCGUUGUCUCCGUUCAGCAGAUGGUCGUCGUUGAUGUAAUUGUUACUGACCAGUAUCCUGUCGACUUGUCCUACGUCCCCAACCUCGACCAGGUCUGGGUUCUCAACUGGCGCUCCACCAAAGACGAAGGAGUCAAAACCAUACAGGUCAUUCGGGACGCCUCGCAGAAGAAGAAGCACCACACAGUUCACCCUGAGCCGAUUGAUGGACAUUUUGACCUUGUGAAGGACCUGUUCGUUCCACCAACUCAGGACCUCGGCCACGACUUCCGCUACGCCUACGUCACCCACACCAACCAGCGAGGUCUGUACAAGCUCGACCUGGCCAACAUGAAAUACGUGAAGACCGUCGACCUCACUCCAUACAACUGCGUUCCUCAGCAUCUCGUGUUUUCGUCGCUCCACGGCCUAGUGGUCAUGGACUGCCAGGAGCCCGUGACCGGCCGGCGCACGGGUCAGCUGGUCCUGGACUACCUCACCGACGCCGUUCUCAGCCACAAGACCAACCUCAUGGGUCGUCCUCAUGUCGUCCCCGAUUCCUCGCUUGUCGUCACGGUCGAUACGCUCUACCACGUGAAGAUUGUCGUUCAGAAAGUCACAGAUCACGGACUGGAAUAUGUGUAUGACGUCAUCACAACUCUGAAUGUGAGUGAUGUGACCUUCUUCCCCUCACGUCUGACACACAGCUAUGACCUGUAUGCUGCGUCCACAGACAAGGAUGACAUUUUCUUCCUCGAACUGCACACAGGCAAAGUCGAGAUGAUCACGGGCGUGGGCAAGGCGAUGCCCCCCGAGCUGGCCGAGUGGAGCAACACCAACCGCGCCAUCGUCUCCGCCGGCGUCUUCGGCCACUACAUGGUCUCCCCUUCAGAAGCCGCCAUCUUCGUGAUCAACGGCGAGACACGCACGGUCAACUGCGAGAUCGGCUCGCUGGUGCACCCCCGCCUGGCCGUGUGGGUGACGAAGAAGUAUAUCUAAGGGAGAAGUGAAGGGAAGGAAGGAAGGAAGGGACGAGGGUUUGUACGAAGGAGAGAGAGAAAGAGAGAGCGAGAAUGGAAGGAGAGAAAAUAAUAGAGAGAAGGAGAAAGAUAAAGAAGAGUGUCAGGGAAAUAAAGAGAAGAGAGAAAAAGAAAGAAGAGAAGGGUAUGGAAAGACAGUGGAGAUAAAAAAAAAAAAAAAAAAAAAAAAAACGUAUGAAUUUCCUUUGUGCUUUUAUUCAUACGAAAGACCGUCUCUGUACAAGGAACACCGAGACACUGAUUCAUCAACUGCAUGUACAGACUUCAAAGAAAAAAACCCUGAAAAUAAAGCUCACGACGCAGCUCAAACCCUCCCUCUUUAGGCAGUAAAUCCUAUAAGGACCCUUACUUAAAAGUAUCAGUAUAAGGAAGAAAAACAACGUUCUAUAUGAUUGUUACUAUUUAUUCACUUAUUUAUUUAGAGAAUGUUCUUUAUUCAUGUAUUUUGGUCGUAGACAUACCCAUAGAAGAGGAGGGGAGUAUGAUAUUCAAGACAUAUCUUUCUAAUGUAAUAUAAUCAGUAGUCUCUUUAUUUAUUUAGUUUCUGUUUAUUCAUUAUUAUUAUUUUCAACAUUCCACCUGUUGGUAAUCAAGAACGGGUAUGUCGGAUCAGGUAAAUUAAUCACGUGACCUAGGCAGUGGUAAUUAGCGUAUAUAAUAAAUCACUGGUGAUCUCAUUAAUCUAUUCUACUUAGAGAGAACAUUAUAAAAGGAAAAACAACUGUGUUCUUUUUAUUAUUAGUUUUAAAUAAGUAUUUAUAGAGAUUAUUUAAUGAUUCGACUUUUCACAAGUGGGGGAAUAUAUAUCAUCUAGUUCUCGUAACUCAAAAAUCGAAAAGAAAACAAGAAAAAAAGAAAGAAACUAGGAUAAGACUCAGAAUAGAAGUGAAUGUAAACACACUAUCAUGCAAGCUUGCAAACAUGUGCAAUAGCAGUCACGUAGCGGUGUUGCAAAGGCAUAACUAGAAGAUGUUGAACAAUUUAAAUGCUCCGUGUAUCACUUCCAUUAUUCAUAAAAAAAAUACUUUCUUUUUUUAAAGCACUAUGCUUCAUGGUAACAAAAGUACUAGUCAUAAAGAUAAUAAUGAUUGGCAAAUCCUUUUUUUUUUUUUCAUCGGGGAUUCAUUAACGUGUAGAAGAAAAGGUAAUCCAUUUAAAUCUACUAAGCUCUUACAAUGAAACUGACCAGGAUGGGGAGAAUCAUUCUUUAUUUCUUUUUAUUUUGAUCAUUAUUCUUUGCUAGAUUUUGAUACUAAUUAACAAAAAACUACAACAAGAAUACUAUAUGUAUUUGUUAUUAUACAUAUCUUCCCAGAAUGAAAUGAAUAAUUUAAUCUGAUUGCUUUGCUUAACAUAUCUAAUCACUGGUUCUUGAGGUCCUAUACCAACCGUGAAAAAAAAUCAAUUUUAAUAAUGCUUAUCAGUAUUUGAGUUCAAUGAUGCCCACUCCUGAUCAGUUCUCGGUAAACAUUACACAUAAAGUUAAUAUGUGCCACAGUUAGCUUAGCCUUGCACUUUUGCACAAACAAAAAAACAGGAGAUGAACAAAAUUUGUUUUUCAUUUUUUUCUGAUUAUCCUUUAAAUAAAAGAUAAAUAAUCUAGUCAUAUUAUUCAUGGUCUUUAGAAUAAGAGCUACUACUACUGACACAUUCCCUCCACAUGCGUGUAGAACAAGGAGAGCUCGGCGGCGUAAGGGAGGAAGCAAGCAAGCAGGAAGCAAACUGAGAGUCGAUUUCUCUCCCCCCUCCCCGCCCCCACCCAUGAUUUUGAACUCGUCUCAUUUCAUGAAUUCUCAAGCUUUAUUCGGGGAUUUUCACCUGUAGAAUUUGUUGGGAGUUUCUCGUCUGUAGAAUGUAUGGGGGGUUUAUUACCUGUAGAAUUUAUGGGGGUUUCUCACCUGUAGAAUUUUAUGAGGGGUUGCCACCUGUAGAUUUUACGGAGGGUUUCUUACCUGUGGAAAUUACGGUAUUCUGACCUGCAGACUUUUAGGAUUUCUCACCUGUAGAAUUUAUUGGGAUUUUCCCACCUGUAGAUAUUGUGGGGGGUUGCCACCUGUGGAAUUUAUGGGAUUCUAACCCGUAAACUUAACGGGGUUUCUUACCUGCGCACUCUAUAGGACUUCCCACAUGCAGAGAAAGUAACAAUACAAGGAUCCUCAUCCCCAGCCUUGUCCUAUCCUCCUUGCGCGAAUAAUGAAUGCAAAGUUCUCGGACGAUCCGUUGCGCAGAACAACCCUUGAGUCAACAACCUGUACUUCUUGCAUGUGCUAUUUUUGUAAAGAAGGAACAAUGACCAGCUAAUCAAAAUUUCCUCCUUUUUUGACCCGCGAGAGACAAGUGGCAGCGUCUUGAAGGUAAAGCUUGGGGUUCCUGAGGUGUUAUGGGCUUCUGUCAACACAACACAACACACUCGAUGACAUGGAGGAUUUGCAAGAGGGAGUGAGACCGGCAUUUCCGUGGCCAAGAAAGAAAGAAAGAGAGAAAGAGAAAACAGAAGACAAAGAAAGAAUAAACCUGUAUUCCUUUCCCCUUUGUCUACCACUAUCUCCCCCUCCCCCUCCCCCUACACCUCAUGCUCCCACCAUAUAGCUUAGGUGUAAAGUCUAUAUUAACAAAGGAUAGCAUUCGACCCUCUCUGUGCCCCGCUAGUGCUGAGCUCACUGCCUCUUUCACGAAUAGAAUAAACCUUAAACCUGUUUAUUGCCUUACAAAUACAGGCUUGUGUUUGUAUGUAACUACAUCUUGUAUAUUGAUGUCUGUAUUAAAGAAGAAAAUGUAAUUCAUUGACUAGUGUGGAGUAGCUUGAGUAUUUUAAGGGAUAUUAGUGUAAGGAUAGUUGCAUUACGGUAUAUUGUAAUCUCAUCUGGAGAGGAAAAAAAGAUCCAUUGUGUAUAUGUACUCAAUUGCUGUUUCGGAAUAGUUUAGGAUAAAGCAUUAAGUAUAAAUGUAAAUAAUAACAAUCCCCUUUCUAAAUGUAGCUUCUGCCUUCCAAAAUUAAACUUUUAGAUUGUA